CCAGGACGCUUUCUAAGUUUCCAGCGCCAGUCCAAUUCCCAAACAGCUCAGAAUUUUUGGCCGACGUCCAACACAAGAACAGUACACAUGACUAACAUCGAAGACCCUCGGGAGGAGGCUCUUCGUGAAGCAGCGGCAGUCGGUCUUCUGGACAAAUGCACCCAUUACCUCCAAGCAGGCACCAACCCGAACGCAGUCAACAAAGUCAACCAAUGGACCGCCUUGCACUGGGCAGCAAAACGUGACCAGCCGGGUGCCGUGAGACUACUCCUCCAGUACGGCGCAGAUGCCAGUGUGAAGAACGCAAAAGGGGAGCUGCCAGUCGAUCUCGCCAAAGGGGCGGAGGUGAAGGAGUUGUUGGGCGCCGGCGUUGGGAGAGGCGAAAGCGCCACGCUGAAGGAGGAAGAGACCGAAGGGAAGGCGUUUGUGCCGAGUUAUUUGGCCAGCCCGCCAAUUGCCGCGCUGUAUUCGGAACAGAAUUCGGGGAUCUCUGUUCCUGUGGUGCCGGAGAAGAGGCAACCCCCGACGAUAACGAAACGGACAUCCGGAGUUGUCAAUCAGGAGUCGGCACAGACGUUGAAACCUUUGGGUCAGGCUGCACCUGUGCCAAAUCCAAUUGAAACCAAACGUAAAGACGAUGGAGAACUGGUGGAACUGCUGGUCUACCUCAACGACUACAACCUGUCCCGCCCCAACGCCUAUCUGCACGGCGCACUCCUGGCGCCCGCAAACGAACGUCUUUCCGAGACAGUGCAACGGCUGCGCGACGAGAUGGAUGGGUUACCGGAGAGCAUCGCCAUAACGAGGGUGUCUCAAAGCAUGGACCAUCGGUUUGGUCCGCGGUUUACUGCAAAACAACUGUGGGUUCCGAUCAGUUCGAAGCAGUACCACAACAGGACGUUUAGCCACUUCAAGAAGGGGGAUGUCAUGCUUGUCCGGGAUGCUGGGAAGAAGGGCAAUCGUUCGGCCGCCAAAGGGGAUGUGAAGACCUUCAUCGUCAUGUUCGUCUUACUGCUUGUUUUCAUUUCUUUCGGCCCUUAACUAAAUAGAGUAGCGAUGAGUGUCAGUGCGGAGUCCCGAAGCCGGCCCGGAAUGGUAUUGAUACCUAUAUUUACGGAGUACCAUACGG